AUGACCUCAUCGUCUCAACAAGAAACUCCCGAAGAAGUUGUUAAUUUUGAUGACGAAAAUGAAUUCUUUGGAAGCUAUAUGACUUCGGGAAGUUUCCCCUCGACUUCGUCAGAAAGUCAAUUGCAACGAUACUUAAACGAGGACCCAAUCGGAUUUGACAAAGGAUAUGAUAUCCUCACAUGGUGGAAAAAUAAUGCGGUGCGGUUUCCAAUCGUUGCUCGAAUGGCAAGAGCAUCCGAAUCCACAUUCAGUAAUGGUCGUCGAGUAAUUACCGACUACCGUACUAAUUUGUUCAUUGUGAUUGUGGAGGCAUUGAUAUGCACUCAAGAUUGGCUAAGAAAGAGUAGCUUGCCUAUAUAUGACUACGACGAAGUGCACAAUGUGUUAGCUGAUGAUGACCUCGCUAUCGACAUUGUGGAUGCUAUACACAACUUGAAGCUAACGGGGAAGAGAUCGGGAAAUUAGUCAAAAUAUCAAAGAAAUGUUGGAAUCCACAUAUUAGACUUUUUUUUUUGUUGGUGAAACUUGGAAGUAUAUUUUGAAUGUCGAAAGUGUAUUUUGAAUGUUGGAUACUUAAUAAUAUAACUUUGACGACAUCCAUGUUUAAUUUGCUUGUAAUAAUUUAAAUAAAAGACC